AUGUCAUACUACAGCAGCAAUCGCAACACCCCGGGCAGAGCCCCUAACCCAGCCCACAACCGUCAAGUCCCAAACAACAUUCGUGUCAACGGAACCAACGGAAUCUAUUGCUAUGGAUGCCAACAGACAAAGCCUCGCCUUGCCUUCAGCGAGACUCAAAUCAAGAAGGCCGCCAGCAGUACCCCGAAGAAGACUCAUCAGCCCAUAUGCAAAAACUGCACUCCCACCCAGCCUACGUCCUUGAAGUGUUUGAGAUGCGCAAUGACUUUGCCCAUGGAUAGCUUCUCGAAGACUCAACGCAAGAACCAGGAAAUGGCUACCUGCAUGGACUGCCGGAAGAACAUUGAGGAUGAUGACUCUGAGGAUGACUAUGAAAUCGAGAACGAUCCAGAGUAUUAUGACGAUGAUAUCCAGGAUGUCCUGUAA